UGCUGUAACACAACUCCGCCUCCAUGAAGGAGGAGGAGGAGGAGGAGAGAGAAAGUGGAAAGGAGGACGGCCCUUCUUCUUCUCCCUUGCCUUCGCCCAGCGGGAAGCCAAGGAGGCUGCCAUGAAGCCUAGCCGGGAGCAAGAGACGGCGGCUGCUGCUGUUGCUAUCUCCGGAGGAGGAGGAGGAGGAGGAGGCCGAGGAGAAGAAGACCCUUGGCGAGAAUGUGUGGAAAUGGCGGUGCAGCUGGCUCUCCAGGCGGGACAGGUGAGCCACCUUCUUCGCCAGAUUAUUAGGAAAGCACUCACUGAGGAAAAGCAGGUGUCUACCAAAACCUCUCCAGCAGAUCUUGUGACAGAAACUGAUCACCUUGUGGAAAAUUUAAUUGUUUCUGCUCUGAAAGAAAAGUUUCCCUCUCACAGGUUUAUUGCAGAAGAAGCUACUGCUGCUGGUUCAAAAUGCAUCCUCAAUGACAGUCCUACCUGGAUCAUUGAUCCUGUUGAUGGCACCUGCAAUUUUGUUCAUAGGUUUCCAACUGUAGCUGUUAGUAUUGGAUUUGCUGUUAACCAAGAGCUUGAAUUUGGUGUAAUUUAUCACUGCACUGAAGAACGGUUAUACACUGGUAGAAGAGGUCAAGGGGCAUAUUGUAAUGACAAAAGGCUACAAGUGUCAAAAGUAACAGAUAUCUCAAAGGCCUUGAUUUUAACAGAGAUUGGCUCAAAACGUGACCCUGACACUUUGAAAAUAUUUCUCAGUAACAUGGAGCGAUUGCUCAGGGCCCAAGCUCAUGGGGUACGUGUAAUUGGAAGUGCGACCUUGGCACUCUGUCUUUUAGCAUCCGGUGCUGCAGAUGCAUAUUACCAGUUUGGCUUGCACUGCUGGGAUUUGGCAGCAGCUACUGUGAUUAUCAGAGAGGCGGGUGGUGUUGUGAUGGAUACCUCAGGUGGACCUCUAGACCUAAUGUCAUGCCGAGUCAUUGCAGCAGGUACCCAGGAAAUGGCUACAUUUAUAGCUCAGGAAAUACAGACAAUUCACUAUAGAAGAGAUGAUGAGAACUGACAAGACUUGAAUAUUUCAAUAAUCAACAGAAAAACUUGCCAUUUUGGAGCUAUUUUCACUUUCUUCAGGAUGGAUUGCUUAUAGGAUAAAUGGUUUAGUAAUGUGUUUUCCCGUACAGUCUAUAUAGAAAAUGUAUUAGGAAAAGGUUUUACUUACAUUAUAGGAAGGUGAAGGGAAACGUUUAAUUUUUGUAAGCUACUUGGGCCCCUUUUAAUGAGAAUUGAUAUCAACUAUACUUUUUAAAUGUUAUAGGUAUCCCAGAUUGAAUUUGUUGGUUGCCUCUUUGAGAAUGAAACAGAGGGAGUAUUUUUGUUACAAACUAGAAACAAUCCUUUAUUUUUGCAGAACUCAGGUAAACUAGUUUUUUGUUCCACAGCAAGGGACAAUAGUUUUAAAUUGUGUGCCUAAAAUACCCUCAUCUAACUGUACUUGAGAAAAAAAUAUUAUUCUUUUUUAAAGUUAGAAGUACAUUUAUUGAACAGAUCUUAGAUAUUUACAUUUAUUUAUGUGUUACACACAACAGUAAUAAUGGUACAUAUCCUUGAAUUGUGUAUUAUCCUGUGUAAAUAAUUAUGUAAAUACUUUUAGUGAUAAUCAGAAGUUUAAAAGGUGUUUGGCUUUUUCCAAGCAUUCAGAAUUCUUCAGCUUGAUAAAGAACAGAGCAGAACAAAAUCAUCACAAUUUUUUACAAUAUGAUCUGAACGUUUCAAGAGGAAGAGAGGGACAGAAUGUACAUCAGGAAAGCCUUUUUCUGUAAUCAUAAACAAGUGAGGGAAAACACAAGUAGAUGUGAAAGAAUUUGCGUAGGCUGAGCAUAUUUUCAGUGGCACUUAGUUCUAUAAUUCUAUCUGAGUCAGUGGCGCAUUACAGAGCGCCGCCCAAGAAGGGCGCUCAGCCGCCAGCGCCGGUUGCUAGUCCGGGAACCGCAGCGGCCAAACCAUGUGGUUCCUGGGCGCAACAAGAAGCGCCAAAAUGGCGCUUCUUUCUGGGCCCUGGAAGUGGCGCCGCAAGGCGCUAGUCGUGCACUCGUGGCAUCACU